GGGCGGAAACGCGGCGCGGUGACAGCUGGGUAAAAUCCUCCGACAUCCAGGAAGAAGGCGACGAAGCCCAGUCUGCUCGGCGACCUGCUCACUGCACACUCCCUCGGCGAGAUAACGGACCAAAUCACUGCUUGACCAGGUAUGGCAGAGUUGGCGAGUCUGGUGCAGCGGCUGGAGGUGGCGGUGGGCCGUCUGGAGUCCAUGUCGGGCCCUGGAGGCAGCGCCGGAGGUUCUGCUGGAGGAGCUGUGAGCGCCUUCGUGGAGGCCUUUGACGAGAUCAUCAGCGGCCCACUGGCUCAGUACCUGACCCUCAGCCAGCAGAUCGGAGGCGACGUCCAGAAACACGCAGAAAUGGUGAAGCAGGGAUUCAUCAACCAGAGACAACUCCUCCUCACAGCCUCGUCCUCCCAGAAGCCCUCUGAUACGGUUCUCACCAGCCUCCUGCAGCCGGUGUCCAAAGCCAUCCAGCAGGUCCAGGCGUUCCGCGAGCAGAACCGCAGCUCGCCGCACUUCAACCACCUCUCCGCCGUCAGCGAGAGCGUCCCCGCCCUCGGCUGGGUCGCCAUGGCUCCUAAACCGUGUCCCUACGUCAAAGAGAUGCAGGACGCUGCCAUGUUCUACACCAACCGUGUGCUCAAGGACUUCAAGGAGAAGGAUAAGACGCAUGUGGACUGGGUGAGGGCCUACAUCAACACCUGGGCCGAGCUGCAGAACUACAUCAAACAGCACCACACCACCGGACUGGCCUGGAGCAAGAGCGGUCCCGUGGCUUCGGCCUCUGCGGCUCCUCCCAGCGCUCCCGCCGGUGGAGCUCCUCCUCCGCCUCCUCCUGGACCUCCUCCUCCCCCCAUGGACCUCAGCACGUCCGGCGGCGACUCGGGUUCUGACAAUCGCAACGCCCUGUUCGCCUCCAUCAACAAGGGCUCCGACAUCACCAAGGGCCUGAAGCACGUGAGCGACGACCAGAAGACCCACAAGAACCCGAAUCUGAGGACUCAGGGGGCCGCUCCGGUUCGUACUGGACCCAAACCCUUCAGCUCCCCCAGCACCCGACCGGCCACCGCCACCACCCCCGCGACCCGCACGCUGCCCCCGGUGUUUGAGCUGGAUGGCAAGAAGUGGAAAGUGGAGAACCAGGAGGGAGCGCUGAACCUGGUGAUCAGCGACACCGAGCUCAAGCAGGUGGUUUACGCUUACAAGUGCAACAAGAGCACCCUGCAGGUCAAAGGCAAGCUCAACUCCAUCACCAUCGACAACUGUAAGAAGAUGGGGCUGGUGUUUGACGACGUCGUGGGCAUCGUCGACGUCAUCAACUGCAAAGACGUCAAGGUCCAGGUGAUGGGGAAGGUUCCAACCAUCUCCAUCAACAAGACGGACGGCUGCCACGUCUACCUGAGCAACGACUCGCUGCAAUGUGAGAUCGUCAGCGCCAAGAGCUCCGAGAUGAACAUCCUGGUCCCCCAAAAAGACGGAGAGUUUACGGAGCUCCCGGUUCCUGAGCAGUUCAAGACCGUCUGGGAUGGAAAGAAGCUCGUUACCACAUCAACAGAGAUCGCCGGGUAGACGGGUUAAGAUGGCCGCCCCUCCUCGACACCAUCCCCACCAGACUGAUCGACGCCCCACCAGCUAACUGUCACACUGUAGACUGAGAUUCGGACCUCAUGAGUUCUUUCUCCUUCCCUUCCUCCUUAUCAGCCAAUCACAGCUUCAGCUGUUCCUUCUGUAAGCCAAUGAGAGGACUGCUCGCUUUAUCUGGAGCAAAUCCUCCAGCCAAUCAGCAGGGAGCAGCUUUGUCAUUGAAAUUGGUUUUCCCCCCGCGAGCACUUUUCGAAAACAUUCACGAGUUUUGCCAACAGCUGGGAUGCUCUGUAUCAUGUUUUGUAUCUAUCUGGAUAAUGCUGAGCUAAAUUUAGCACGUAGAUUAGCCAACAACAACAAAAGCACUGCAGCCAAUCAGGCUCUUCAUCAUCAGGAUGCUUCUUGGUUUCUGCUCUUCCUGGUCAGGGGGGGCUGCUGUUUAAGUUGUGCCCUGAUAGGUUGUCUGUUCCAUUAUAUGCAAUUCACUGGUGACGCACUCGUCAGAACAAAAGCCCUUUUCCAGAAGAUAACGGCUUCCAUAUCACCUCCACUGGUGUCGGCUGCAGCGAUAUUAACAUUCAUCGUGGAUAAUAAUGUUAAAACGUAACCGUCAGCACUCUGAGAGCACACGCAUAGGAGUCAGAAUCAUCACCAAGCUCCAUCUAGAUGAUGUCGGAACAGUUUCCAUGUGCUUUCCCUUAAACCCGCACAUUCCCAGGUGUUAAAAACAUUCCACGUCAGGAGGCAUGUCAGAAAAGUUUGCGAUAAAGAGCAAAGAGAUGUUUGCACAAAGUGGACGAGAAAUGAGACGACUGAGGGAGAUAAUCGGUGGUAGUUGCAUCUUCACCUCAGUCUCUAGAUUGGAAUAAUCAUCUGUAUAGAUAUGAAUAAAUAAUGAAUAGUCUUUAAAUAUUAGCCCAACCAUCAUCAGCGACUCUUCUCGCCGUGUCUGCACUCUCUGGUUCCCUUCAGCUCUCGUAGCUGAGGAGCUCUUCGCUCAGUUUUCUUUUAUACUGUCUCUUUUUCUUUUACCUCUUUUUAUUUUUAUUUUUGGGUCCAAAAUCAGAAAUCUGCUCAUUAGUACUGGAGACAUCAUUAAAAAUGUUGCAAUAAAA